CAAGAGCCAGGACGCGCACACGCUGUCACACAGUUCCCGAGUCUAUCGGUUGGAAUAAUAACCAGAAUAAAUUUGCUGGAGGACGCGUUUAUUUCAGCUCCAUAGUGGAAAGACACACAAACACAGGAUCACACUCAUGCCAGACGAGGCAGGGCGAGGAGGAAGAACUCGGUAACUGGGGCAGAGAGUGGAGGACAGUGGAGUGUCAGUGAUCGGCAGGUGGAGCAUAGACGGGAAAGACUCAGGGACAUGUCCAACAGUGCAAGAGGUCAUGGGGGUCUUAACCAACUAGGUGGAAUGUUUGUUAAUGGCCGACCACUUCCGGAGGUGAUCCGGCAACGCAUCGUCGACAUGGCCCAUCAGGGGGUCAGACCAUGUGACAUCUCCCGACAGCUCCGAGUCAGCCACGGCUGCGUCAGCAAGAUCCUGGGACGCUACUACGAGACGGGCAGCAUCAAGCCCGGAGUGAUCGGUGGCUCCAAGCCCAAGGUGGCCACCCCGAAAGUUGUGGACAAGAUCGCAGAGUACAAGAGGCAGAACCCCACCAUGUUCGCGUGGGAAAUCAGAGACCGGCUGCUGGCAGAGGGAGUGUGCGACAGCGACACGGUGCCCAGCGUCAGCUCUAUUAACAGAAUAAUCCGAACAAAGGUUCAACAGCCGUUUAAUCUGCCUCUAGAUGGAAAAGGCCUGAGUCCGGGACAAACCUUAAUCCCCAGUUCGGCAGUCACCCCUCCUGAAUCUCCACAGUCGGACUCGUUAGGCUCCACCUACUCCAUCAGCGGGCUGUUGGGCAUCCCGCAUCCCAGCACCGAGGGCAAGAGGAGCCAUGAUGACAGUGAUCAGGACAGCUGUCGACACAGUGUGGACUCUCAGGGCAGCGGGGGCGUCCCGAGAAAGCAGAUGAGGGUGGACCAUUUCUCGGCGGCCUCGCAACACCUGGACUGCGGGUUUGAGCGUCACCACUACCCUCCGGACUCAUUCAGCUCAGCCUCCAGCAGCAAGACAGAGCAGACUUUGUACUCGCUGUCGCUCCUCAAUGGCAGCCUCGACGAGGCCAAGACCAGCCUCUCAACGUCCAGCUCCACUAUUGGACGGAAUCUGACGGCGCAUCAGAGCUACGCCAUGGUGACAGAGCCUCUACAGCCACUGCCGCUCUGUCUGAAACAGGAAAUGUCCCCAGAAGUGACCAGCACCAGUCCGUCACCACACAUGGCCGCCAGCUGCAGCCAUUUUCCCAAUGCAUUCAACUCAUUCUCCCAUCAUGCACCAGUGUACGGGCAGUUCAGCAGUCAACCUGUCAUCUCAGGACGUGACAUGGUGAGCUCCACGUUGCCAGGUUACCCACCUCACAUCCCUUCACCUGCACAGUCAGGAUAUUCCUCGUCUGCCAUCACAGGCAUGGUAGCAGCAGGUGCAGACUACACUGGUCAAUCCUACAGUCAUUCACCCUACACCUCCUACAGCGAAGCCUGGAGGUUCACCAACUCCAGCAUACUGGGUUCUCCCUAUUACUACAGCUCGGCCUCCCGCACUGCUCCACCUUCUGCAGCCGCCUACGACCACCUUUAGUCCAGACUCUGUGCUGAUGGACCCGACUCAACGGACCGGUCCGAGACUGCAGGACUAAACAGCUUGAACGGAGCAAGGCAUGGAAGUCACAAACUGGAUCGGGAAUUAUUUGAGACUCUGCUGACAAACCAUGCAGCAACACACAUUUUCCACAUCCCCUCUCCUCUUUAUUUCUGCAUUAUUUAUUUGUCAAAAGUGACACCGUUAAAUCUGACUCGUGCACGUUUACACACACACACACACUGCAAACACUGAAACCCUGAGACUUUCAACACACACACAGAGCUCUUUAAUGCUGUUUUUGGCCAAAGACUCUUUCAUUUUUCGCACAUCUGCAACUUGACCCCACUGAUCCAGUGAGUACAGAUAUGCAACUUCUUUGUUAUGCCGUCCACUUUUGUUUACAAAUGCUUUUUCUAAGAAAAGAAAGGAGGAGGAAAAAAAAGGGUGAAGCCUGUCUAAUCAUUUACACACCAGUUCCUUUUCUUAAUCUGUGUCUGCUUGCAAAUUUUUCCUGAUUAGCUUUUUUUACUGUAAAUCCAGAUUUCCCUGUGGUUAAAAGAAAUAAAUCACAAUUAAAAACAAAAUGCCCCCACGUAUGCCCCUCAGCCUCAAUUAAUGUAUCUGUUUAGCAAUAUGUACAUAUUGUAAAUGAUGAAUUACUUAUGGGGGAAGUGAUGCAAUGUGACUCAGAUGACUGAUGAGGGAAGGGGGGCAAUUUGGCUACUGAAACCAACAGGGCUUGAAAUGGGCCUGCAUUUGUUUUUUCGCUUCAAAUGAAUUCAGUUUGUGUGUCAUGCCGAUGUUCUGAUGUUUGGUAAGAACUGUGACCUAUUUUUUCUUAUACUGUUAUUAAUAUUAUUGCAAAAUGUAAAUAACGAAUUUCUAAAGAAUUAUUUUAAUUAAAGCAUGACAAAUUUA